CCCCCCGCGACUUGCAAGCUGGCCAUGGCGGCGCGGCUGUGUGCACGGUGCCUCCCUCCGGCGUGGCUCUGCAGGUGCAAGCCCGACUCUCCCCCGAGAUCCCCCCACCUCCAGCACGCGCCCCUUUUUCUUCGCAGCAGGCAAGCCGGGCAGGGCCAGCGCCGGCACUACCGCGCCGCACUCUGCGCCGAUUUGAAGCAGCCCCUGGCCAUUGAAGAGAUGGCUCCCCGCCCCGUGGGGCCGCACGAGGUCAGAGUAGAUGUUCAUUUCUGCGGCAUUAACUUUGCUGAUAUUUUGGUCUGUCGUGGUCAGUAUCAGGAAAAGCCUGCUCUUCCCUUUACACCUGGAAUGGAGUUUUCUGGGGUCGUCCUGGAGACAGGAGCAGAUGUCAGCACUGUGAAAAAGGGAGAUCCAGUUAUCGGAGUGAGUGGCUUUAACGCUAUGGCCGAACAGUGCAUCACUGACGAGAAGAGCCUGUGGAGGGUUCCAGAAAACAUCUCUCUGCAAGAUGCUGCAGUCCUACCUGUAUCUUACGGCACAGCUAUUUUGGCUGUAGAUCAUCGGGCCCGUGUCCAGCCUGGAGAAACUGUUCUAGUGACGGCAGCCGCCGGAGCCACAGGCCUUGCUGUGAUAGAUGUGGCGACAAAUGUUCUCCGGGCCAAGGUCGUGGCUGCAGCUGGAAGCGACGAGAAGUGCAAGCUGGCGAUGCAGAGGGGUGCACAGUACAGCGUGAACUACAGCCGGGGCAGCCUGAAGGAUGCAGUGAAGAAGCUGGUGGGCAGCGACGGGGUGAAUGUGGCCAUUGACAUGGUGGGAGGAGACAUCUUCCUGGAGUCGCUCCGCAGCCUGGCCUGGGAGGGCAGGAUUGUGGUGUUGGGAUUCGCUGGAGGAAACAUCGCAUCUGUACCCAGCAACCUGUUGCUGCUGAAAAACAUCUCUGCCAUGGGCCUGUUCUGGGGCCGCUACCAACACCAGGACUUCGCAGUGUUUUCCAAGAGCAUGUCCUUAGCCCUGCAGUACUGCCAGCAAGGGCUCAUCCACCCACACACUGGUGCUGUGUUCAAACUGGAAAAGAUCAACGAUGCCUUCCUUCAUGUGAUGCAGCGCAAAUCCACGGGCAAGGUGCUCCUGUCCCUCAAGUGAAUCCUCACCCAGGCCGACUCCCCAACCGGAUCUCCCUCCUGCAUUCUAAAGGGCUGACUGACCCAGGGACCACGUCUUGGCGUCAGCUCCCUGUGGUUCUGCUUUCUUGUUGCUUGACCCCAAUGUCAUCACAGAGGUUCUUGCCCAAGUUUGACUCCUUCUGGGAAUAAAGAGAGCUAUUAGUAAUUCUUAAGGAGACCACAUCCCAGGCAGGCCGGGAUGUGCACUCACCUCAAUCAAGGUGUCUCAGCUGCCAACUCUGAUGCUCCCACACUUUCUUUUCCAUUCUGAUAGGUCUCAUCUGCUCUCUCCAUUGAUCCAACCGGCUCUUCCUAUAGCCAGGCUCCCCCAUUCCCUUCAUCUGUGCCACACAUCAUCACCCUGGCGUCUCCCUGAAACAGCUCUGAUAGUUUCUUGUCUCAGGAAACUGGCAGUGUCUUGCCAUUUUCUGCACCGUGUGGCCGAGACCCCUUGAGCGGCCACUGCAUUCUGUUUCCCUCCCUGAUCUUUCUAGCACUAUCUCCACCAUUCCUCCGGUCUCUAAGCAUGCCUCUGCUGAUCCCCUCCUUGUCCUCUAUCCCUCAGGUUUCCUCUUGUCUACUUAUAAGGCCUUUCUGACCCACAGGCCUGCCAUUCCCCAUACGCCCUCUCGGUCAGGAAUGUGUUGCUUUCUGCUUCCUGUCUUGCUGUUUGACUUCUCCCCCAGGACUCACCACACUCCCCUUGAAUCCUAGGGAUGCCUGUGGAAGAGUGGAAGGAACACUGGCUUCUGAACCUAAGAUGUGGGUGUCAGUCCCAGCAUCCCCGCUGUGGGGUGGUUACUCAAGUGCUCAGCAUUUUGCUUUUCUUGCUGAAAAGUGACUAUUUCAAUGUAUAUCUUUCAGUGCUGCUGUGGGCAGUUCGUGAGGUAACUGGGUAGAACACCUAGCAAUAAAGCACUAGUGAAUGGUG